GUGGGCGUCGCAUAGAUGCCACGCACUGUGUUGGAGCUGAAGUAAGGCCAUGCUUUCAGGGAAAAGAGAUAUUUCAUGAUUCUGUCAACAUGCAACACAGUCAUGUGAUGCUAUCGUCAACCAAGAGCAGUUGGCAGUACUGGUGUACUCUUGUGAUAAAUUCGUGGGACUUUUGCGUCGACGACAACUAACGAAGUAACUGAAAAUGUUUGUUGAAAAAAUUUCAGCUCCCGCAUCUAAUUGGAAUUAGGCCAGGUUGGAUUUCAACCAACAUGUCUCAGACUGAAGUGACUGGCAGUGGGACUCGCAAGAGGAAACGUACAGGCUCCAUUGAUUUGAAUGGAAAAGUGAAAAAAGAAUCUGGAGAUAAGAACGAUGACCUUCUCAGUCAUGCUCCUGAGAGUGUGAAGAUUGUAGACCUGGUAGAAAAUAGAGCAACAGAAAUCAUUGCAUUGACAAAUCAUGUUGAUAAGAUUGGAGGGACAAAGCUUGUGUCACAGCGUCUCCCUCGUCACAUGCGACGGCGUGCCCUCAGUCACAAUAUACAGAGACUACCCAGAAGACUGCGGGAGGUGGCCGCUAAAGAGAUUGAGCGGACUAGUUCCACAAAGAAACCAAGCAGGAAGCACAGGCGACGACCCAAGAACUUGAUGUCUGAGUACCAGCGCCGUCAGCGGAGGGUAUCUUGGCUGGAGACUCAUAUUUGGCAUGCCAAGAGGUUUCACAUGGUAGAGAAAUGGGGUUAUCGGCUCCCUGAUCAUCCCAAUGACAAGAGCAUGAGAGCCUGUCACAGGGCAGCAGAUAAAUACUGUCUGUUGCAGGAUGUCUCCUAUGAGGGCUGUAUAGAGAUAACAGGCCAGGAAGAGAAGAUCAGACUCUGUCUGUCACACUUGGUGUCAGACCAAACAGGGCCUACACUUCUCGGCAAGCAGUAUGUAAAGGGAAGCAAGUGGGGUGAGACUGUUAUGUUUGGCCUUGACCAGUAUCCACACCAUGCUAUUGGCCGUGUGUCCUUCCUGUGGAGACCUCCACAGUCGGAAGACAACACAGAGAGACAGCUGUGGCUGUGGUGUCAUACAGCUAGUUUUGAGAGCAUUUGGCAGGAACUAGUUCAAUCUGUGGGUCUAGAAUUUGAUGUAAGUUCAAAAAGUGAACAGACAUCCUCGCAGAAAGACAAAGAGGAAACAGAUGAGAAAAGUGAAAAUACUGCCCCAACCUGUGAGAAACCUGACCUGAGGGAUCUUCAUUUUGAUGCAGGUGGUAUCAGACUCAAGUCUUUGAAAGAUGGCCUGUGUAAGUUCCGUCUUACUGGUCAGACGUCACAUGCGAUAGUAGCUGAGGUGUUGCAGGCCAGUGAUGUCAGUGUAACAGAUAAAACAGGCUCCCUCUGGUGGCAGAAGUUUUAUACAGGGGAAGACAAUCAGAAGAACUGUGCAGAACAGAAGCAGGUAUCUGAUUGGCUGAAGAAAUAUCAGUCAGCAACAGAAGUGCCCCCUUCACAGGUAGUUGUGCUGACAGUACGAGAUCCCAGACUGUUGCUACCACCUAAGAAGAUAAAAGUAAUGCCCAAAAUGGAAGUUGGGCAGGCACAGUCCACCCUUACUGAUGCUGUCCUGGUCAAGACCUCUCCUCUCUGGGAUGAAGCUGUACGACAGGAAGUGAAGUCAUCCAAGAUGGCUGACCAUGAGCUGAACAAGAGACGGGGUGAAAAUCUUGUGCCAGGAAUGCCAGUAGAUCUUGGAUUAGAUGAGUCCCGAAUACCAGUGUUGUUGCUUCAGAGGCCAGGCUACAGGACCACCAUUUCUGCUAGCAGACAGCAGCAGCCCAAGUCAGUCCACCAGGGAUUUGGGUGUGGCUGGGAUGUGAUUGUUCCACAAGGAUGGGGCACUGCCUUCCACAUUGCUUUUGUAUUCCGUGGAGCAAGAGUUGGGGGACUGAGAGAAGCCUCAGCUGUGUCUCGGGAAGCAGGAACUCUGCAGUUCCCAGCUGACUUCCCGGACACUGAAGCUGGAAGAGUGUAUGCAGCUGAGCAGAAGGACCAGCUGAAGAAGAAGUAUGACCGCAACCCUCCAGCCAAGCGACCCAACUAUGUGAAGAUGGGUGUCCAAAAUCCAUUCCUAUGUCCCUGGUUGCAGUUGGUGGAUGAGUGGCAAUCUACUGAGGCUUCACAGUCUCCAUCUGGUCGGAUCUUUGUGUUAAGGAAUUUAAGAAUGUUGAAGCUGUUGAAUGAAGUCAUGAGGAUGCAGCAAAAAGAUGAUGGGGCAAACUUGAGCAAACUUGAUGCAUUUCCCAGAAAGGCUGAACUAGAGGAGUUUGCACUUUCUAAUGCUCGGUGUCUAAUUCCUCUCCGGAUUACAAUGCAUGGGAAAGGUGUCCCACUGAAGUUUGCUCACAUUUGUAUCCCCAAGGCGGAAGAUUUUGAGUGUCUAAACAAGGACUCUGAUAGUGAAGGUCCUUGUGAACCAAAGCAUCCUGACCCUGAAGGGGUAAGAAGGAAAAAGGCAAAAAAGCAAAAGAAAAAGUCCAAGAAAACAACAGCAACUGAUCUAAAGUCAGCCCUGGCAAAACCAUCUAACCCCAUGGAGGCAGCUUUAGCCGAAAUGCUUGCAUAUGGAGAUGAAUCAAAAUCAAACAAGCCAGAGAAGGAAAACAAGGACUUCUCUCCAAUAAAGGAAUUACCAAAUGCCAGUUCAUCUGUUGAGAAAAUGAUCAACAGUACAAAACGUCAGAUAAUUGGCUUUGUGAAUGAUGGAGACUUUUCUCUGGGACAAGGUCAGGGUCAUGGGAAGGCAUUCUGCUCCCUGCUUGGUCUUGUGAAGCUAAUGUCUGAUGUCCCAGCCGGUGCCCCAUGUCUUGCAUUAGUGAGGAACACCACAUCUCUGCAGUACCGCUUUGUCUGGCUGUCAGUCAUCAUAUGAUCAGUGCCGAUGUUAUCUGAGAUCCAGGUCUCUUCAUGGCUCUGGUCAGGAACUCGACAUGCUGUCUUCAUGUCAGCCUUUAGUCAUUUUGUCAAAGGUUCCAGCAUGUGCUAAUGUCUUACACUAGUAAGGAAGCCCAAUAAGACUAUUGUUGCUUUGGCAUGUUGUUUGCACCAUAUUUGAGAGCCUUCUCUGUUCUUAGAAACAAAACUCUAAAAUGUAAACAGUUGAUAUUCAGGUUUUCAUGAAGAUAUAAAACACUUAAGAAUAUCUCACAUGAUGUCUUGUAGUAAUGAUACUACACUUUUGUAUGGAUCAUCUUUUGUUUCUGAUACAAUACGUGUUUUAAAGCUGAUUAUCUUUGAGGGAAGACACUUUAGCAAAUCAUAAGAAAAAACCUGGAUGGAUCACCCUAACAACUGUGUCUAAAUAUUUUGACGGAAUUGUAGUUGAGUUUUUGUUAAUGAUAUGUUUAUAUGUUAUAUCUUUGUUAGGAAUUGUUAUUUUAUUUCUUAGCUGUUAUAACACUUAUUCAAAAACCUUAAUGCUUUCAUAAACCAAAACAUAAUUGAAACGAAUAAAGGCUUCUGUGAAUACA